ACCCUUCCCAUCACGCGUGCCCUCACACCCUCACCCUUUACCCUCACUGCAGCCCCACGUCACCGUCUCCCAGAGUGAAGCUCAAAACUCAGUCACCUUCGAACUUUGGUGAGGUAAGGUUGUGGCUGUCUGCGCUCCGCCCCACUCCCAGGAGAGGCUCCGGGAAGAAAACUAGUGCACACAGACUGUGAGGAUCAGUGAGUAAACUUCAAUCUUGAGGGACGGGGGAAGGAUAAAGAAAAGAGAAAAUGUAUGUGUAGAACUAACUAAAGAUCGACAAAGGUGAUACUGAAAUAACAACACCCAAAACAUGAAGCGAGUAAAGUGAAAUAACAAUAGUAAGAGAAUAUGUAAUAAGAGUGAUAUAAGAUGAACAAUAUAUUGAAAAACCGUUCUCAAUUUGUCCAGUAAAAUAACGUGAAAAUUAUCUGGAGUGGAAAACUCGGGACUUUUUUCUUUUAAGUUUAUUAAACGGAAGGGACUCAUUAAGUGCGUUUAUUUGAGCAUUGUGUACUGCUGGCGUGGACACACACACACACACACACACACACACACACAAAGAAGGAUCAAUGUGAGGGGCAGGAGGUAGGUACCACAUCGAAGGGUCUUAUAACCACACAUACGCACACCACCGUGCACACACACACACACACACACACACACACACACACACACACGUGGUGCGCGGCUCGAUGCGGAAAGAAUACCGAGGAAGGCGAAGGCGUCAUAUGAGAGCGUGAGGGGAGUGUGGUGACUGCCUCGCCGCUGCUGCUGCUCGUCGUGCUCGAGUGUUCGCGCAAGUGUUUUGUUGUAGCGGCCGCGAACCUUCACCUCCGCUGCCUUCUCUAUCAGACUCUUCUCCAGCAGACAGACGAACCCCUCCCCCCACCAUCCACCUACAUGUACUCCCUCUACCGAAGACACUUGAUUGAACGAGCAAACCGUAGUGUUAGCGCCACUGGUGGUAGUAGUAGUAGUAGUAGUAGUAGCAGUAGUAGUAGUAAUAGUAGUAGUAGUAGUAGUAGUAGGGAUAGGGAUAAGACAGCAAGACACCCCGCGACGGUUCCUGCUGCUUCUUCCGCUACUGCUGCCAACCUGUUUGCUGGUGGUGAUGUUGCCCUGAGGACCAUCAGUGCUGCUGUUGAAGCUGACGACGCCACCACCACCGCCGUCACCACAUCCUCCUUCAGUACCCGCUACCCGCCCCUGCCUUCCAUCAUCACCACUCCUCCCCCGCCCGCAUCCUCCGCGCCAUUAUCCACUGCAGAGAUAUUGCUCAGUCCGCGCGGGGGAGAAGAAGCAGGGGUGGGCGAGGGCACAGCGCUUCUCUAUACUGUGGGUGAGGGGUCUGCUAGCGACACAGCCGUCCUACUGCCCCCUGCUGCGUCGUCCUGCCAACGGACCCCACAGCCCCUCGCGGCACACAGCACUAUGGUGACUCCACGCUCUCACAACUCGGCCUCCUCGGCGUCCCUCAAGCAGACAGUGUUUGAUGGGGAAGGCGUGUUCACCAUCACUAGACCACCCUCUGUUGUGAGCAAGCAACCCUCCACCGCCACCAUCAUCACCACCGUCUCUCACACCCAUCAGACCCAGGAAGACGACCACGACCCACUUAUCUACAACAACAAUAACAACAACGUUCAAAUCACGGAGAAGGACAGCCUCAGUCCAAGGUUGAAGUCUCUGUCUCUGAGGGAUGACGAGCAGCCUUCCGACACCGUCAUCACUGACUCCGCCAAGGCUGCGGGCGUCGCCGCCGCCGUUGGGGGUGGAGGCGCCGCUAUCUCAAGCUUCGGUGCCGCCGCCGCCUCAGAAGCCAACGAGCCACUCAGCACUUACAUGAGACGGGUGUGCUGCGAGGCGCUCUGUGACCCCCUGUACAUCAUCUGCUGCUUCACCUGCUGCAACCCCGACUGCUGCUGCGCCUGCGGCAACAUGGAUCUCUGCUGCCUACUGUGCCACAUAUGUGCACGGAUAUAACGCCGUGUGUGUGUGUGUGUGUGUGUGUGUGUGUGUGUGUGUGUGUGUUGGUUGGUUUUAUGUAGAGUAUUGAUGACGAGCCGAAGUCAUCAUUAUCAUCAUCAGCAUUCUCUCUCUCUCUCUCUCUCUCUCUCUCUCUCUCUCUCUCUCUCUCUCUCUCUCUCUCUCUCUCUCUCUCUCUCUC